CCGGUCGCUCAGCCAUUCCUCGCCAGGCCUCGUUGCCAGUUUAACUGCAGUCGCGACGGCGACGAAGGAGGCGCUCGGCGCUCCCGCCCUUCGCAACUCCCCCUGCCUCUCUGCCUCCCUCCCUCGCUCGCCCCAGCGCUGCCCCGCGAGUCCACUCCGCGCCGUGCGCACAGGGCCUGACUCCGGGCCCGCACCGUCGCUGCCGCUGCUGCUGCUUCCGACGACGACGACGCCACCACACGACGCCGACAUGGACAUGAAGAAGCGCAUCCACUUGGAGCUGCGGAACCGGACCCCGCCGGAUGUCCAAGAACUUGUUCUUGACAACUGUAGAUCAAAUGAAGGCAAGAUUGAGGGCCUAUCAGGAGAGUUUGUCAACUUGGAAUUUCUCAGCUUAAUCAAUGUGGGACUGGCAUCUGUACUGAAUCUCCCAAAGCUCCCCAAAUUAAAAAAGCUUGAACUCAGUGACAACCGAAUUUCUGGGGGUCUUGAUGUAUUAGCAGAAAAACUUCCCAACCUCACACAUUUAAAUCUCAGUGGAAAUAAACUGAAGGACAUUGGUACCUUGGAACCAUUGAAAAAAUUGGACUCUCUGAAGAGCCUUGACUUAUUCAACUGUGAGGUAACAAAUCUAAAUGACUACCGAGAGAGUGUUUUCAAGCUUCUUCCUCAACUCACCUACCUGGAUGGAUACGAUCAGGAAGAUAAAGAAGCUUCUGACUCUGAUGCUGAAGUAGAUGGUGUUGAUGAGGAAGACGAGGAAGAAGGUGAGGAGGAGGAAGAGGAAGAGGAAGAUGGUGAGGAGGAAGAGUUUGAUGAGGAGGAUGAGGAUGAAGAAGGAGAGGGAGAAGAAGAUGAGGAAGAUGAAAUCAGUGGAGAGGAGGAAGAAUUUGGACGAGACGGGGAGGAGGAAGAUGAAGAGGAGGAGGAAGAGGAUGAAGAUGAAGAGGAGAGUGGAAAAGGUGAAAAAAGGAAAAGAGAAGCUGAUGAUGAAGGGGAUGAAGAUGAUGACUAGGGCCUUCUGUGCCCCCAAAGGACUGUUCAGUAUUGCUUGGGGCCCCCCUUGGAUGAUCUGCAACUUGAGGAGCCCGUGAGGCACACCUGUAGUCAGUCGUCUAACAAACCCUCCCUCCCAGGUGCAGCCCUCAGAAGAGCCAAAGAGUCGGCCAUUCCUGUGACAUUCCACACACCCCGCAGCUGAUCUGUCCUGGUGGUUACGGAUCUAGCCCUUUGGGGCUAGCCCUUUCACUUCUCCUCUUGGGGUUCCCAGGCCUUCAUCUCCCACUGUUGCCAUAGCAAGAAGAACAAGUGUGAUGGGUCAGUCCUGAUGGUCAGGGGCGACACACUACCCACUGACUGUAGUCCUCUUUUUACUUUCUGUGCGACGAGGCUUUGUAAAUAGAGUCCUGACGUUUUGGGGACUGUUCUUCAUGCUUUGCUUUCCCUGCCUUCCUUUUCCUUUUCUAAGCCGUUGGAUAUUUUUUACAUUAGGAUGUUUUAUGCAACAACAGAAAAGUAUUUUUAAGAACUUGAAUGAAAUAAACGUUAUUUGGUAAACUAA